CCGCCACGGAGGUGCGGGGCGGGCCCCGACCCUCCCGGGCCCCCGAGCGGGAGUCCGGCCUGACAAAGCUGGGCGGGGCAAACUUGGCCCGGCCCCGCCCCGGGAGCGGAGCCGGGUUUCAGUGCCGUGGGCGGCGUGCGCGCUCUCCCAGGCGGCCGCGCAGGUGGAUCAAACACCCUCUGAAAUACUGUCUGAGUGCUGUUAUGGCAACAGCAGAUCGCCUUUAGGUGGCCGCCCUGGAAAGAGUGCUACACAUGAUAUACGUGGUGGUUCUGUGUUGUACUUUUGGGGAAUCUUAACCUUCAGUGAUUUUUUUUUUCUCUGAGAAUUCAAUUUUUAAAUCGAGUAUCAAGUAUUAAUAUUUUAGAGUGGAAAGAAGCAACUCCCCUAAACUGACUUCCCUGAUUUGAGAAAAAAAGGGGCUCUUCAGUCCCUGUAUUUAACAGACUGCUUCUCCCGGGCCAUUCCAAAGCAGAUUUGAGGUAAUGAAAAUGAGGAGUAUUUGCUGACGCAUCAAACUUUGGUGUAAAAGUCACAAAUGUCGUCAAAUGAUGGAAGAUCCAGGAAUCGGGACAGGCACUAUGAUGAAGUCCCGAGGGACUCACCCUAUCAAGAUGGCACCAUAGGAACCCUCCAGACUCUUCGCAGCAGUGAGCUGGCUGUGAGUGCUGAUCCCUUGCCACCACCCCCUCUCCCGUUACAGCCACCGUUCGGCCCGGACUUCUACUCAAGUGACGCAGAGGAACCGGCCAUAGCACCAGAUCUCAAACCCAUAAGGCGCUUUGUUCCUGAGUCCUGGAAGAACUUCUUCAGAGGGAAGAAAAAGGACCCGGGAUGGGAUAAGCCGGUGUCUGACAUCAGAUACAUCUCGGAUGGAGUGGAGUGUUCACCUCCAGCCUCUCCAGCAAGACCAAACCACCAUUCACCCCCCAACUCUUACAAAGAUCCUUGCGGAGGGUCCGAAGGAACGUUUAAUUCCCCGAAAGAGGCUGAGGCAAUGUUUCCCCAGGAUCCCUAUGGUUCAGUAGGCCGACACACGCAGACAGCCCGAACGUACAGCGAGAAGGUGGAAGAGUAUAACCUGAGGUAUUCCUACAUGAAGUCGUGGGCAGGCCUGCUGCGAAUUCUGGGUGUGGUGGAGCUGCUUUUGGGAGCUGGCGUCUUUGCUUGUGUCACAGCUUACAUUUACAAGGACAGCGAGUGGUAUAACCUGUUUGGAUAUUCACAGCCCUAUGGCAUGGGGGGCAUCGGUGGCCUGGGCAGUACGUAUGGGGGCUAUUACUACAGUGGCCCCAAAACCCCUUUCGUACUCGUGGUUGCUGGAUUAGCUUGGAUCGCCACCGUCAUUAUUCUGGUUCUCGGCAUGUCCAUGUAUUAUCGGACCAUUCUUUUGGAUUCUAAUUGGUGGCCUCUAACUGAAUUUGGAAUUAACGUUGCCUUGUUUAUUUUGUACAUGGCUGCCGCCAUAGUCUACGUGAAUGAUACCAACCGAGGUGGACUCUGCUACUAUCCGUUAUUUAAUACACCGAUGAAUGCAGUGUUCUGCCGCGUGGAAGGAGGACAGAUAGCAGCAAUGAUCUUCCUGUUUGUCACCAUGAUUGUUUAUCUCAUUAGUGCCUUGGUGUGCCUAAAGCUGUGGAGGCACGAGGCAGCUCGGAGACAUAGGGAGUACAUGGAACAACAGGAGAUAAGUGAGCCAUCAUUGCCGUCCAAAAGGAAAAUGUGUGAUGUGGCCACCGGUGGUGACAGACUGCGAGAACAAGAAGUUAAUUUCAAAGAAUUGAGACCAACAAAAAUGAAACCUGAAUUUCUGAGUGGGCAUAUCCCCGCAGGCCACAUCCCUAAGCCUAUCGUGAUGCCCGACUACGUAGCAAAAUACCCUGUGAUUCAGACAGAAGAUGAACGAGAGCGCUACAAAGCUGUGUUCCAAGACCAGUUUUCAGAGUACAAAGAGCUCUCUGCAGAAGUCCAGGCCGUCUUGCGGAAGUUUGAUGAGCUGGAUGCAGUGAUGAGCAGAUUGCCACGUUGUUCAGAAAACCAACAGGAACAUGAGAGAAUUUCAAGAAUCCAUGAAGAGUUUAAGAAAAAAAAGAAAGAUCCCACAUUUCUGGAAAAAAAAGAACGCUGUGAUUAUCUGAAGAAUAAACUUUCUCACAUAAAGCAAAGAAUUCAAGAAUAUGAUAAAGUAAUGAAUUGGAAUGUACAAGGUUAUUCUUAAACCUUAUUUGAAACCACUUUUUUUAUAUUAAACUUAAUAUUUAUUUAGUGCCUUUUCCAUGCUAGUCUGUGAUAGAGAAGCACAUGCUUUCUGCAUCGGCCUCUAGGUGGUUUAGCUGGUAUGCCGUGCUACGAUAGUAUGAUUUCACUUCAAACAUUUCAAGACAAAUUGAAAUUUACCAAGGACCUUUACUCAGAAUGGAAGAAAUGCUGUGUUCAUCUGCGUACCUUUUACAUGUAUCCUGUUAGAGGUAGUAGUAGUUUAGAAUCGUAUCCUCACAGUGAGAUGAGCACGCAGGGUAUCAUUCUGGUGCUGCUUUUUCCUUUUAAGUCAGGCCGGCUCCUGGGGUUUCUCUAGGACACAUUUCUCUUCCUAGCCAAGGUGUCCUGCCUUCUCAUGAAAGGGCUUUGAAUCCAAGAUCAACAUUUUCAAGUCUUAUGAUCUCAGGCAAGUUGCUCAAUCUCUCUGUGCCUAUGUUCUCAUCUGUAAAAAUGGAGCUAGCGUUAGUGCCUGCCUCGUAGGGUUGUUAUGAAGAUGAAGUGACUGAUGUUGGUGAAGCACUUGGAAGAGACCCUGGCACGUUAUACGCAGUCCAUUAGCACAUGCAAUCCGUAGACGUGAUUAUGACAUGAACAAACUGCGAAGGAAAGGUUCUUAAUGAGCACGCUCAACCAGUUGACCAGAAGGCCCACGUGUCUCAUGGAUUUCUUUUUUUGCAGUUAAUAACUCUUACCACAUGUAGCCUUACGCAGAUACUUCCCUGUGGUUCUGUACCCAUUGGGGUCCACCGCACCCCUCCUAUCGUGAAUCGCUGUCACUGUGCACAGAGGUCCACCCCCCAUAGCCCAGGCCUUCCCGUACACAUCCAGUGCAAGGAUUGUGUGACCACUGUUGCCUCUUCUGUGCUCUUGGCUAAGGCCCCAUGAUCCUACAUUUACUUAGAAUCUCCUUUUGAUUUAUUGUGAUGCUUCAUCUUCCCAACCAUUAUCUUGGCUGUGGGGCCUUACCCAAGGAGAAGUGAUUUAUUUUUAUUAGUAUGAGCAAAGGAACACCUAAAAGAAUGUCUUUAAAAAAUCAUUGCUCUUGGAUGCCAUUCAGCAGCGUCUGUCUUGUGGUAAGUUUCCUAGGUGCGUAAGUACACCAGAGAUGCCAUUCGAACAAUUAAUGUUCAGAGAAUUUUCUAAAGCAAUGAAACCAAAGAAAAGCAUGUGGAAAAGCAGAGGCUAAAAAAGCACUGGAUACUGAAUGUACUUCCUAGUUUUUCUUUAUCUGUGAAAUCUUAUUUAGUGUUUAUUGUUAAUAUUUUAAUGCCGUGGCUCCCAGAGUAUGCUUAACGCCCUAAGUGUCUUAAGAGGUGAUACCUAGGGAAAUGUGAGGCCCCUCUUGAAGCCCCCUUAACUGGAAUAGCUUCACUUUCUGUUUUAUGUAUUAGGGCCCCAUGUUAACAUUUUACUUAAGAAGCACACCAAUGCUUUAAAAAAAAGAGGAAAAAAACCCCAUGAAAUAAUACCAUUUUGAUAGAUUGUAAGGAGUUAGAUUCAUAGUGAAAUGAAGUGUUAAAUUUAACUUUGUGAAACUUAAUUUUCCUAUAAUUGUAAAUGUUAAUCUUUGAAAAGCAGUGUUGUAACGCUAACUUUUUAAAUUUUUUAUGUCAAUACCUAGGCAUAUUAAAAUUUCAACUACUUGUU